AUGAAGCUUUUUUUAAAAGAGACGAAUUCUGAGACAGGAAAAGAGGUGACACCAUUAAUGGAUAAUUCUGGAGAGUUCGUAGUGCCAGGGCCUGAGGAAGUUCUUAGUAUGGCUGAGAGGCAAGUGGAACAAAUGGCUGAAAACACCUGCCUGCGCAGUGAAAUAGAGGAGCUUCGUAAAGAGCUAUCUGAAAUCCGGCUUGAAAUGGCGAGGAUCAACAAAACACCUGCUCCACCAACUCCUCGGGUGCGAGGAGACAAGGAAAGUGAGGAAUUGAUAAGUUCCAUUAUGCGCCAAGUUGGUGACAUGAUGAAUGCGCGAUUGGAGGCGCUUGAGGAGCGGCUUCUCCCAGAAAAGCGUGUCCGCCCUCCGCUGGCUGCUGAUGUGCGCAGAGAUGUAGUAAAUGAUGCAGACAUACUACGGCGGAAGUCUGAUACAAUUACGAAGGCUGACAAAUACGCCGUAAAAACAAGAAUUGGCAACAAGAAAAUUCCGGCGCUGGAAAUACAAAGAGGAAACAGAAAGGGAAAGGGACACGAAGGGAGAACAACAGAAAUGGCAACCAACCAGCCAACAGAAUCACGCCCUCAACCUCCUGAGUCCACGGAAGAAGGAUGGACCACAGUAGUGAGAAGAG